AUGGCCAUUUUGCCAACCUACAGGCCGGUGGAGCUAUCAUUCCCGGUACCACGGCAUCUACACCUCACACUGCAAGCACACCUCACCUUCCUCGGAAACUGCUCUAUGAUCCACCUGACGACCAGCACCAUCGGAGAAGGCUCGUCCACACACCCACCGUUAGGCAGCUUUGUCUACGCCAUGCCCGAUAGACUUGACGCCCAAAAUGCCAUCAGCACCGCCCUCUCCACUGAAGGAUCAAGUAUAGACUACGCCACUCGUCUAUCUAAGAUUCUCGCCCGGCGUUUCAAUCACCCUGUCUAUGUGGGAUGUAGCAUGAGCUUCGCCGGCUUAACAGCCGAAGAGGAAAUGGAAGGGAUCGCUGCAGUUGUUGGCAAGAUCCUAGAGGCUGCCGAUAAGAACAAGGUAGAGACUAGCAAGGCGUCUUGA